UAGGCCUAUGCAUCCCGGGUACUUUUUUGGAAAACUUUUGAGCGAUGACACAGAUGAUUCGCUGAAACUAUUCCCAAAACGAUUAAAAAUGAAUCGUUUGAAAGAAUCGAUUCGCAAUUCACUAAAAUGAACCAAAUGUUGACGCAAACCGGAAGCUAAUGAGCUCCACGGCAAACUGAAAGCCAACUCUGUUUGCACUUUUGUUUUCCUGCUUUUGCAUCACAGUCCUAAACUGCACAACAUGGACUUAAUUUUUCGGUGACUGCAGUUUACGUCUUUUUUUGCCAGAGGGUUUCAUCUUUUUUAUAAGCAAACAAAAAGGCACGAGUAUUACAAGAUGUCCAAAUCAUUUCAGUUGCAACUGAGCUCCAUAAUGGAGAUAAUGACUAAAACGGCAAUGGAAGAAAUAUGCAAACUUGUAAACAGAGAUUUUGCGUUUUUACAACAAGAGCUGUCACGGGUCAUGAGUGAAAACACAGUUCUUAAAGACAAAAUGUUCUGUCUCGAGAGCGAAGUCGAAAGCACGCGCAUCACUAAGCUAGAACCACGUGCUGGCUCCAAAAUAUAUCGCUCUAUUUGUGUUCAGACUGAAUAUGGAGUGCAGCCCUCCAUCAAAAGGAUAUUUGGAAAGGAGUGGUGUUCCAGUUUGUGGGAUCGGAGGAUCGAGCGGAGAGAAGAUAAACUGGCGAUCGAUGUCGACCAGCACAUGGGCCAAGACUGUUCAAACCAGCUCUUUAUUAAAGAGGAGAAUUUAGAAGUGGACACUUACACAAGUUACACAGGCAAAAUCCCCCAAGCAUCAAGAGCACAGUCACACUCUUCAGCAUUGGAGCCCUGUACUGUUAAACGUCCAGAGGUGGCAGAAUCCAAAAAAUACAAUGACUGUUUUGUGUCCGGUGGAUUUUCAGAGAUAUCUGCAAUCCAAACCACAUUCUCAGAUUCCUCAGAAAAACACUCUUUAGAAAUCACAUUGAUUGAUGAAACUGGUGAACAGUUAAUAGCACCAAUUGAUGAUCCGUUGGAAUCUGAUGGUUACUAUAUUCUCGAUGAAUUUUCAGGCCCAGGCCCAUCUGAGGCCAGGGAUGACGGGAGCUCACAGAAGAUAUAUGGAUAUGAUGUAACCACUGCAGAAAGUUGUGAAAAGAGAUUUAAGGUACAGAAACUGCCCGGGCGACCUAAAUUGAGUUAUUGUGAUUCUGGGAAGAUGUUUCUUCACCAAAAUGCUACUAAAAACCGACUUAGAAGAUACAAGUGUCGGCCUCCAGUAAAGUUUCAAAAGGUGAAACCAAAGAAAAAGUUUCGUUGUGAGGUCUGUGGGAAAUGUUUUCAUUCAAACACUAAUCUCACGGUUCACUAUGUGGUCCACACAGGCGAAAGGCCCCACAAAUGCAGUUAUUGUGGGAAAGGGUUCUCACAGAAAGGAAAUUUGCACACUCACGAACGCAUCCACAGAGGAGAAAGACCAUUUACUUGUCAAAUCUGCGGAAAGGGCUUCACCCAGAAAGUUUGCCUACGCAAUCAUGAACGCAUCCACAGUGGAGAAAGACCAUACACUUGUGUAACUUGUGGAAGGGGUUUCACACAGGAAAUCACCCUAGAUCAACACAUGAUUGUCCAUCAGAGAAGAGCUAAGAUAAAAGCAAAGAGAACGCUGAGUGAUUUGAUUUAUAGCUUUAUUUAGCACCCUACUGUUUGUUAUUUCUCAACUCAAAAGUGUUCAGUAGCUGUGUAAAAUACAAUAUAGAGAAGUCUUAUUCUGGAAUAGGUUGUAGCAGAAGAUACAUGUCAGUUAUGACUGUGUAAUUAGGCAAAGCCUGGUGGUGUUUGAUGUCAGCCAUUAGUGUAAAGCAGGGCUAGUCAACUGGCGGUCCGCGUGCCAAAUCCGGCCCGGCAAUUAUCUUUAUCUGGCCCUCCGACAGAUUUUUGAAAUACCAGAGCGCUCUCUGCGCACAACUCGGCCUUCAAAGGCACGAGCCACUGCAGUCAGUGGUGAAUUUAACAACGCUCAAUAGUGUAUGCAACAGCAUUCAGCCGUCAUCAGUUGUCCAGGCCGGAGCACGUGUUUAAGCUUUUCUGGCGAUAGUUUAGUCACACUGCUUUGCAAAACAUGGAUCGCACCAUUUAGGUGAGCAUUUGAUAGUGUCUUUUUCAGUCAGUUGGAUUUAUAUAAAUUGUUUAGUUGUAGGGCUGAAACCAUUAGUCGACAUUACCUAAGGGGGAGAGAUUGAAACUGCACCCGGCUGAUGCACACUCUGGCACGGGCACGCUCAUCCCUCGAGCGCACACGCUUAAUGCAGCUAGAUUAUAACGUGAUGGCUCACGACAUAGUGAAUCAUAAUACAUAAGUGCUGCGGUGGUGAUCUUUUCAUGAACAAAAUCACACACAGCUUUAUUAAUAUGAGAGAGUUUGUUUUUUUGUGAGUCAAAGAUGGAUUGAAGUGAACAGAGAGGUGAGAGAGGGUAGUCUUCGCCCCAUUAUACACUGCAAUAAAAUAUGUUUUUGAUUUGUUUUUGCUUGUUUUCCAACAUAAAUAUCUAAAACUCCUAUCUAAAAAGCAAUACACAUUUACAUUAGCAGCUAUACUGCAGAAUAAAACAUUUUUAUUUGAGAAUGUUAAAUAUAAUAUUAAAUAUUUUAAAAUAUCUAAAAGUCCUUAAAAUAUGAUACAUUUACCUGAGAAGCAGAAUAUAAGAUAUUUAGACUUGCUUUCAAAGAAUAUGUCUUGGAUAUAAGUAUAUUUUGACUUUACUGCACUGGCAGAUGAACAAGUGAAAAAAUACACUUAUAUACAAAAUAUACUCAUAUUAAUAAACUCAUAAAUUACCGAUGCAUAUUCUCUGAAAGCAAGUCUAAAUAUCUUAUAUGUUGCUUCUCAAGUAAAUGUAUCUUAUUUGAAGGAUUUUUAGAUAUUUUUAAAUGGAAAAUAAGACAAAAGUGAAUUUAUUUUACUGAAUUAAACUAAAUAAAAGUAAUUUUUUCCCCCCUUUAAUUCAAUUAAUGUCUUAAGAUGUAUUUUAAAAGAUGAUUUUGUCCUCUUUAUUGUUAGUAAGCACGUUUAAUACAACCUUUUAAGUCCGGCACAAGCUGAAAAAUCGGUUAAGAGCUAACAAUUAAUCGUUGCAAUAAUCGAUGAAUAGUCAAAUAAUCGUUCUGAUAAUCAUUAGAUUAGUCGAUUAUCAAAAUAAUCGUUAGUUGCAGCCCUACUUAGUUGUGUGAAGUGUUGUCAAACCUACAGAUGUAAAACAUGAUCACUGCAGUUGUUACAGAAAUGUAAGCACAUGCACAUCUUGGGCAACAAAAGAGAAAUCGAUGAUGAAAACCGAACGUUUAAAGAAAAUGUGCUGAAAAAAUUGCUUUUAUUUACUAUUCUUGAAGUGUCAAAUGGGCGUGUCUAAUCUGUUCAAGGUCGGUAAUGCUCGUAAAAACAGUGAUAACGUGAAACUGAACCUGCAAAUAUCCUGAUUGUAUUUGGUUGUAUAUACAGCUGUGAGUCAGACAUCUCAAUCACGAACAGAAUCAAGAAAAUGAAAUUGAUUAAUUCUUAAGUAAACAUGACAUUUUGAUAUGACCAUUGUUUUCAUAUGUGGGUUGAUAUUGUAAUAGGGCUUUAGCAGAUCUAAAUGUUCCUCCUCAGUUUUCAUAAUUUGUAAACAAUAGCUAAUUGUAAAAAAUGUUAAAAUGAUCAUUAUGUUUUGUUUAGUGUUUAUUCUUCCAAGUAAAGGCCAGACCUUAAAAAAUGAUAAUUCAAUAUACAGUAUACCCUGUGACUAUUUUAAUAUAAAUAAACAUCAUAUUAAAAAAAAAAUUUUUUAUGUAACAUGUUACUUGCGAUGAAAGUGCUAGCUAAGAUGAAUACAGAAAAAUGUUUGGCCCCCGCCUAAUUUUAAUAUGGAUAAUCUGGCCCGUGCAAGAAAGUAGUUGAAGAGCCCUGGUGUAAAGCAACUAGGGAUGGGCAUUUUGGCCAUUUUGUCUACUCGAGGUGCAGUGACAUGUACAGAACUAUUAUAAUAACAUGUCAAAUGUCUUUGGCUGCUGCAUUGCGUCUUGUUGUUCCAGUGUAUCGUCUAUUCAUUAUUAUAGGCUGUUAUAAAAUAAAAUGUUACAAAAUAUACAAAAGAUUGCAUAAUCAAAAUAUAAUGCAUCAUAUUUUGUCAUUAUGUGAAGGUUCGCUGCACAACUCAAUGAAUGUGCACAACGCGCCUCUGUCUGUUCUUCCUUCAGGUUACCAUAGUAAUCUUAGUAAGCGUGCAUCUGUUUUUUAGUGACUGUCUGACCGGUCUAUUUGAGUUCAGUUUUGAUGAUGCUGCAUUCUGUUCCAUUUAGCUGUGUUCUGUCUAGCUGUUUGAAACACUUGUCUGCUGUAUAUGCGCUGCUUCAGCGCGUUGAGUCCACUGCCGCACGCCUGAUGUGUGCGUGUGUUCGCUCACUCUUGUGGGGAAAGCCACGAUGUUCCAUAUUGUUGUUGCUGUGAUGAUUCAUGAAGCGUUCCAUUCAACUCGGAGAGUCGGAAUUUCCACCUUUCAACUGGGGAAAGUGCAACGGAAUGACACUUUAUGUUGGAAUUCUAACUUGGAAACUCAUGCGGAAAUCUUCAACUCCCAUUUCGCCGAGAUGCAGGUGUGUGUUACGUCACGCAAACACGUCGGCACCCAGGGCAGGGAGGUUUACAGUCAGUAACAAACAUUCACUUUUAAUAAAUAAUAUCCAUUAACUAGUCAAAGUUUUUACAUUAAAUGAUAAUAAAACGUGUUUAGUAGGGCUGCCCCCGACUAAAGAUUUUCCUAGUCGACUAGUAGUCGUUAGUUUAAGCCAUUAGUUGACUAGUUGUCGCACUUUUAUGAUAUUAAUUUAAUUACUUGAAUAUAUUUGGGGCAUCAGAAAAUGGUUUGAGUUCCAAGGCUGAGAAAGAAUGUUAUAAGUAACAUUGCUAACACUGUUCUACAUUACAGAGAAAUACUAAACCGUAUUAAUGAGCCUUUACAAUAUCAAUUUUACAGGUGCACACACGAAGCGAGCCUCAGCGACACCGGCAAAAGCGGUAAUGAUUCUGAAUGUGUCAGAAAAACCAGCAAGGAGACUGUCUGAACAUUUUGUUCAUUUAUAGAGAGAAAUGCACAUUAGGGUUGUGCCGACAGACGAUGAUCUCGGAGAUCAACAAUGGUCAGAGUGAUCGCCAAUAGCUGAUGCCUUUGAUGAUGUCAAAACUAAAUUUGGCUCGCUUUACCAUUAAUGUAUUAAAUUAUUAUUAGGCUAUUAUUACUAUCAAAUUAAUAUUACAAAUAAUUUGCCUGUAGACACACGCUUAAAGAAACACACUUUAUUAUAUUAUUAAGAACAGAUGACAGAAAAGCCGUCUGCACGCAUGUAUGACACGCUAAUAUGGAGGCGUGCAGUCUCGUUGAACACGCACAUGUAAAAGGUUCUCACUCUGUUUCUGUCUUCUGAUUUUUUUUUUUUUUUGCAUGAACAGUAUCGUAUAUGAGUGCUGCAAAUGACCUCAGACAUCUCAACUCAGGAGAUGUUUUGAAUUCAGUUCGCUUUAUUUCCACAGAGCAGUCCAUUGUGAACACAACUCUGCAGUCUAUACAUCUGUGAUUAAAACAUAAAAUAAUACAAAAACACGUUCACCUCCAACCAUGAUUUAUAUUUAAUUUUUUCAUUUUUUAAAUAAAUUAAAUUUUUAAUACAAAAUCACUAAAGCAAGAAUAUUCACCGAUCCCUCAGCCCAGGGGUUGCCGAUGUAAUUGGAUAUAUAUAUAUAUAUAUAUAUAUAUAUAUAUAUAUAUAUAUAUAUAUAUAUAUAUAUCGUAAAUGAGAGAACAAAACAAAUUUAUUCACACACAUGAUGUAUUUUCCCGGACAACGAAACACCCGAAAUACUGGUAGAGAAUGCAUGGAUGAAGUAUGUUCUUUGCCAGAGAGAUGUUGACAACUGUUGUAAAACCAUCUUUCAAAAAGUUGAACAACACACAUUUUAAUUGCACUUAUUUUUUUUCCGGUUUCAUUUCAAUUUUUAGUUAAAAUAAAGUUCAAAGUUUGAAAUCAA